CCAAGCAAAAACCUCGGCGCCCUCCCCACCUAGCCCCGUUCCACCUCCGUCUUCGCCUCGAGCCGACGCCUGCCUCCGCACGCGGCAUCGGAGGAGCAGCGACCAUGGCGUCCUGCUCCAACCCUUGGCGGCUCUUCCCAGGCAUGUCACCGGUGGCGGCCGCCUCCGCCCCCGCGUCGGUUCUUUCUCGCUCCCGCAAGUCCACGAAGGUGUUCGCUGGUUUGCCUCACCGGAGGAAGCCGCUGUUGUUUGGAUCCUCGAGGGGCACGCGACGUGCCAGGAUCAGGUGCGUCAAAGAUGAUUCGCUCCAUUUCGAUCCAUCCAAGAUCGAGCCGCCACCGUACUCCAGUUACUUCGACUCCACGUCCGGCCAGCUCGAGCCGGCGUCAGGCGCCCGGGCGAGCAUACCCGGGAAGGAGUACUGGCCGGAGGGCACCGAGGCUCGCGUACGUGCCGCCCGUGCGCCUGCACCUGUCGGAGAGUCGGUUGGCGCGCCGUCUUUCGGGAAGAAGCCCGGGAGUAGGAGGAGAGGGUAUAAGGACCAGGUUGCGUCAGCGUCAGCAGGGGAUGGCGCGGAGACUGACGGGGAUGAUGAUAAGCCUGUUGUGGCUGUUUCGGAGUCGGAUGAUGCGUCGGAGGAGCCGAAGGACUCGUUGGAUGAGUAUGUCAUUUACGAGACACCACAGGAAGAGAAAUUGAGUGAGUAUGACAUGGACAAGAUGAUGGGGCGGCCACAUCCGUUUAUCGACCCGGCAAAGGCGAUGUUGUUAGGGGAGCCAAAAACCAGCGAAGAGCUCUGGUGGCAUUGGAGGAGGAAGUCUGAGAAGCAAGUGUGGUCUAGAUGGCAGAGGAGGCGUCCAGAUGUUGACACGGUUUUUGCAAAGGCAAUGGCGGAGACUGGGCAAAUUAAAAUUUUUGGGGACCACCCUACACGGACAGAAGCUGCUCUUGCCAAGACAAGAAGACAUUUGUACAAAGAGGAAAGGUUAGAAGCAGAGCAAAGGAGACUAGAAGAAAUAGGGCCAAUAGCAUACUACUCAGAAUGGGUUGAAGCUUAUAAAGACAAGGAUACAUCACACGAAGCCAUACAAAAGCACUUUGAGGAGACUGGGGAAGAUGAGAAUGGUCAACUUAUAACAAUGUUUCAACACCAGACUGCUGGGGAAUAUCGUAUCAUGAUGGGCACUGAUGUGCGUAUUCAGCGAGAUCCUUUGGCCAUGAGGAUGCGGGAAGACCAGAUCAAACAGAUUUGGGGCGUUGAUCCUGUUUAUCCAACAAUUAACUAUGUUCAGGAUCCUGACGAAGUGAUUGACUACAGAGGUCCAGAAUUUCAUGAGCCUACCCCUGAAGUUGUACCGUACCUGAUGGAGCAUGGGAUAAUGAUCACAAAGGAAGAGCUAUAUGCACGUCUGAAUGAAGAGAGGGAGGACAUCAACCAAGAUAUAACGUAUAUUCCUGAAAUCAAAGAUCCCAUGGCUACUGCUGUUGAUAUAGGGGAGCAUUCUUACAAUGAAGACAGUGAUGAUGAGGAGGAGGAUGUUGACAAAGCUGUUGCACAGCCUGAAUCACUAGAGGGUGAGGAAGACGCCGAUGGUGCUGAGGAUGUAGAAGAGAAAGUGAGCCAUAAUUGGAGUGUUCUAAAGUCUACUGGACAGGCUGAAAAGCCAAAGGAAAAGUCAAAGGAAGGUGAAAUGUCACUAAAAGAAGCCAUAGAUGAUUCUGAGAAUCUAACCGAUUUUCUUAUGGACUUUAAGGAAGAUGAGUAACACUUUGGAUAUUUUGCUAUUAUGUGCAACAGACACGAUUGUUGAGGACUUACUUCUGGAGGCCCAUAACCGCUAGGAGCAAUGAAGACAACCGGAUGUCCACAAAACUCCACCUGUUCGACUGGACCAAUCAUGUUCGAGAACGAUAUGGUCGUAUGAGAGAUCAUACGAUGGAAGAUGGCUUCAGCUGCCUGUUUUGAUUCACAAGUUGCAAUGCUAUUAGAAACAAGAAUCGCAGACAAAAUGUUUUGGCGCAUGGCUCAAAAAUGGACAAUCUGCAUGUUCUUAUGGAAACAAGGAAGAUGACCACUGCCACCAAUCUGGACCGUACGUGCUCAGUCUCUUUGGGUAACAAGUGAGUGGAACGUAGCCAUAUGUAACUAUGGGAGCCUGGUUACACGGUAAAUAAGAUGUUUCAACUAGACUUCAGUUAUAUUGUAUUCUUCACUGAGAACUUUUAUGGAA